AUGUGGAGGAAUACGAAUGAAAGUAAUGAAGAAAAUGAGGCAGUGGACAAAAUUGAGGAUAGAAAUGAUGAUUAUACUUUAAAUAAAUAUGAUGAGGAUAAAAAAAAAAAAAAUGAAAAACUAUAUAAAUCAAUUGAACUACACUAUUUAGUAAAUGCCUUACCAUAUAUUGAUUCCUAUGAUAAUGAAAUGGAACAAAAUGCAAAAAAAUUAAUCGAAGAAGAAAUGAAUAUAAUGAAAGAAACAAAUCAAGUAAAAGAAUAUUUAGAAAAUUUCCCAAUUCCUGAUUUAUUAUAUUUAAAAGAUAAUAAUUCAAUUAUACAAAAUGAAUUAAAACGAUAUGAACAAAAUAAUAAAAUGGACAUGCUUAAUUUUGAUCAUUAUAAUAUUGAAAAUAAUCCAGAAAGUAAUAUAAAUAAUAAUAGUACUAUUAAUCAAGCUAAAAAAACAUUUGAAAAUCAUCAACUAGUUUUAGAAAAUUUACAUAAUGCUUUAAUAAAUAUAGAACUUAUGAAUAAAUAUAAAGAAGUUAUUUGGAGUGAGCAUAUGAAAACUUUUACUCAAGUUGAUAUUAAUUUACAAAAUUCAAUUAAAUCAUUAAAAGAAAAUAUUGAUAAUAUAAAUAAAAAAAGAAAAUUGCAUCACUUAAGUUAUGUUAAUGAUUUAACAACUCUACAAAAUGAACGAAAAGAUUUUAAGCGAAAAAAUUCACUAGUUCUUAAAGAAAUUAAAAAGUUGAUAUCAGAAAAUAUGAUAAUGAAGUACAAGCAAAAUUUAAUAUAG